AUGCAGUAUGAGUGGAGAGCUCAGAGUUCCGAUGGCCAGAUUUUGACUUUGGACAACGUGACCACGUCCACAGGGGACUCCAAUCGUGAUCUGGUGAUAAGGCAGGGGGUUCUGCAGGAUGGCGUGAAUUACACUUUUACAGUGUUGGCUACGCAGAUUAGUGGACAGCUGCAGGGAGCGUCCAGCAUCACUCUCACCCCGAACAACCCACCCAGAGGAGGGGUCUGCAUUCUGAGACCAGAAAACAACAUCUAUAUCUUGGAGACACCAGUGAGAUUUCAGUGCAUGGGUUGGAUGGAUGAGGACAGCAGCCCUGUACAGCUGAUCUAUACCCUCACUGCUGAAACAUGCUCCUCUCCCAGCUACCAUUGUUGGCACUUCUGCCUGUAUCGAGGGAUCAGAUCCUCUUUCAGUUCCUUCCUGCCAGCAAGCAGUUUCAGCAGCAGUCAGUCCAGCAUCAAUAUCUUGGUUGAGCUGGAGGACUCGCAGGGAGCAAAGACCAUGGCAUUAAACCGAACUUUGGUUCUCACCAUGCCUGAUCUUCCUCCACAAUUUAAGACAAUAACCAGCUGGCUGAAGGAAAAGAGCAGAUCGGAACUGUGGGGUUUGAUCCAGCAAGGCAACCCGCAGGAGGUGCUGCCGUACUCCCUGGCUCUUAUAAGUCUACUCAAUAAAGAUUUAGGAAAGCAGGUUGGCAUGAGGGAGCUAAGGGACCGGAUCUCCAUCCGCAGCAAUGUCACAGCCACCCUGGCUUCUCUGAAUGUCUCCAGCGUGAAGGACGUGGAUCAGCUGAGUGCAGCACUGAGAGCAUGUGUGGUGUUCCCAGAAGAAGUCAGCCUUGAAUCUCGUGCCCAGGUGCUGGAGGCUGCUGAGAGAAUGAUCCAAGUCAUAAACAGAGAAACUGAAGAAGGCCAUGAAACUCCAUCCUCUGCUGGCAACAGCAUCUUGGCAAUCCUUGGGAGGAUGUUAACUACGGUAGACACAGCUGACCAUCCAGAGGCGAGCCACCAUCGCUCAGUAGAACCGGACCUCGGGAAUCAAGUCUUGUCUGCCUUCAGCCUCACUCACAUGCUCAUAAAAUCCUUGAUGAAGUCCCGUGUGCUGAACGAGGAGACUCUGUCACUCUCUGUCUCUGAAAUCCGUGUUCAAGGGAAAAGGGCGGACUCUAGCAACUUGCUGUGCACGGUUCCCUCUGAAGAAUGUCUUUUCUCUGUGCCCAGGCCACUUGCUGAGCAGAUGGCAGAGAGCCAGGAGGUCGUGCAGGUUACCAUGGAUCUUGCCGUCAACCCCUUCCCUUUCAACUACUACACCAAUUCCUCUAUUUCCACCCACCUUGCACUACUGGAGUUCACCACCCCAACAGGAGCACCUAUUUCACUUGCCAAACUACCUAGAGAGAGAGCCAUUAGCCUGCGGUUGCCAGCCAGACAACAGAAGCCGCAGGACUUGCCUCAGAAACAGAUCUUCAUCCCUCCAAGGGAGUCAGUUAACUUUACCGUGGAAGUGGAGUCAGGCGGUAAUGCUACGGGGACACACAUCCAUGUCAUUUUCACUGUGCCGGAAGGCUUCAGCCAUGAGAAGGAGCCCUCCCUUUACGUCUAUGGACACGAUGCAUCAUUUCCCAAUGAGUUCCAUUAUACCUUGAAGGAGGAAAUUAUCUUUUCUAAUGGUCUGGAAGGAAGCAAGAGCAGGGAGGUCACCAUAUUAAUUUCCUCUAUAAGGUGCAGCCAGCACAAGUAGUGCCAGCAGCAGUGCAGCACCAGUACCGGAAAGUGAGGACACCGGAGUUGGCGUGUUGGAUCAGAGCGGGUUUGUGGAAGCUGGCCCGGUAGCGGUUGCUGUGGACACCGGGGAAGGUGAAGGAGCUGUGCCGUGCCGCGAGAGGCUGAGGAUCCUCAUCGUUGGGCACAGCAUGGUGUUUUGGGCCGCCCACCAAGCCAAAAGGACGUCGGUGGGGACCCAGUUGGGUUUGAGCGAUCGGGCUACAGUUGAAUGGCAGGGUCGCCGUGGCCUUCGGUGGCCAGGCUUGUUGCCACUAUUGUUUGAGGGGAGGUCUUGCCCUCCUCCCCAUGUUUUAGUCAUUCAUCUAGGUGGGAAUGACCUUGGUUUAGUUGAGGGACGUGCCCUCUCUGUUCAAGCUGAAGCUGAUUUACGUUUGGUUGUCCAGCGUUGGCCUGGGGUUUUGAUCGUGUGGUCUGCCAUGCUUCCACGCAGGGUUUGGCGGGAAGCUUGGGAGCCACGGGCGUUAGAAAGGGCAAGAAGGAAGGCCAAUAGGGCUCUAUUCAGAGCCAUGGAGGGUGGUUUAGGGGUUUAUUUGCCCCAUCCACAAAUUCGAGCGGAAUUGGUUGACCUUUAUAGAGGGGAUGGGGUUCACCUUUCGGUGAAGGGCAACAGCAUUUUUCUUAAUGACCUGCGGCAAGGGCUUAGGUUGGUGGUAGACCAUUUGUGGGGCGCGAGGGCGUAAGCAGAGGCUUCACCCUGGCGGUGGCAGGAUAGGGUCUGGAAAAAUCAGCGGGACGGUGAGCACCCUUGGCAUGUACCCAUUUCAAGGGGAAGCGGGGUCUGUCAGGAUCUCUGGUAUUGUUUGACGGCUGCCAGUAGAGAGGGCAGACUGCCGCGUGGGGCCUCCUGUACAAGUACGGCCCCUCAUGUUUGACGGCAGGGGGGUCAUUAGGCUUGGUGGAGGUUCCAUACGCCUGGCCAGCCGGGUGCCAGCCAUACCUUGGAUGGCUCGCCCUCGGGGCAGAGGGGCUCGCCCAGACAGGUCAGGGCGGUGGUCCAUGAGUGACCCCAGGGCCUGACCUGUACCGCUUAGUUAGCCCUUGCCGUUACUACUGUUCAUGCUGUUGUCAAAUAAAUGACCUUUAAUACCCAACAAUUGCUUUUGUCUCUUUAUUCCGCCUGGGGUGGCAAGUCGGCAUUCCCAGCUUGCAGCUUGCUGCUUGAAGCUGGGGGCCGUGUUUUGCCGCGCCGGCGGAGGAGAAAAGCAACGCCGGCUUUCCCGGGCAUCCGGGUAUGUGGGGAGAGGCGGAGCUAAGGCCAAUUAAGGCUGCUCUGCCUCUCUCCCUCUUGCAGUCGCCGUUUGCUCAGCCCACCCGCCCGCCCUGCAGUAGUACAGGAUAGCCGGUCGCUGGUUCCCAGGGCCAGGUAGGAAUUUUUUCUCCUCUUCGAAUUGGCUGAUGAAGGGGAGUUUUUCGCCUACCUUGUACUGCUAGUAUGGGUUGUGGUUAUUGGUAUGGUGGAGCUGUAAUGUAGGCUGGCCCUGGCAGGAUAGGGUCUGGAAAAAUCAGCGGGACGGUGAGCACCCUUGGCAUGUACCCAUUUCAAGGGGAAGCGGGGUCUGUCAGGAUCUCUGGUAUUGUUUGACGGCUGCCAGUAGAGAGGGCAGACUGCCGCGUGGGGCCUCCUGUACAAGUACGGCCCCUCAUGUUUGACGGCAGGGGGGUCAUUAGGCUUGGUGGAGGUUCCAUACGCCUGGCCAGCCGGGUGCCAGCCAUACCUUGGAUGGCUCGCCCUCGGGGCAGAGGGGCUCGCCCAGACAGGUCAGGGCGGUGGUCCAUGAGUGACCCCAGGGCCUGACCUGUACCGCUUAGUUAGCCCUUGCCGUUACUACUGUUCAUGCUGUUGUCAAAUAAAUGACCUUUA